CGCGGCGUCGUCAUAAUUAUUAAUCACAGUUUAUAAGUUUAAUAUGAGGGAAUCAUUAAUUUUAAUUAUCUAUAUUUCUGCUAUCUCUGUGAAAUGCACAAACUUAGACGAUGGCUUUAAUUUAUAUAAGAAUUACUUGAGAAGUUCUCCUGCUGAAGAAAUCAUUUUGGAAGAUGAAAUCGAAAAUCCAACUUUAUAUUUUUACCGCACUCCAUUACAACUUUACCCGGGACUAUUUCCAAAGACUCAAGCAUUGAAGUACAAGAAAGUGGAUUCAGGCACAUACAGAAGUCGAAUGUUGAACAAAGAUGUAGACUUUGGUUCACUCAAAAAACGCACAUCGAAGACAGCCUUAUCACUCAUGCUGCAGAGUAAGCAGGCUGACAAUAAGGAAGGCCAUUAUUGUCCCUACGGAAAAUAAAAAGAGAUAUUGAAAUCGGAUACAAAAAACGAAUAGCUGUUGAUUUAACAUUUCAAGCUUAAUAUAAAUUGCUACAUCGUCUGCUGAAAUACGUUACUACUGUGUUAUUAG